AUGGCAGUACUCGCAAGACUGGUAGGCGUCUCUAUUAGCAUAUCCCGCUCAGCCGCUUACCCUAUGUGCUCUUCUUCAGAUCAUGAUCUCAGUGUCGAUGUCAUCCACAAUUCAGACUACAAUGCUCUUGAACAAUGGUUCGUCGCCAUCGAGGGCCAAGCGAAGUUGACCCCCAAAGUCAGCACGAAGGAUGGCCCCCAGCACAUCCUCGUCAACUCCCCUCGAGCGAUCACCGCUGUCGACUGCACCGGCAGUUGUGUUCCUAUGGUCGGCGAGUGCUAUGAUACACGCGGGCAGCCUGUAGGACCUUGCUGCAACGGUAUGUGCAUGGCCAAUCGCUGUCGACCGUGGAACUCGACUUUGUCCUAG